UCCCGCAGCAGCGUAAUGAGCCAAGGUUCUCCCGCCGCGACGGGGUCCGGUACAGGGACAGCAGAGCCGGCCCAUGGGCAGCACGGGGACUCCUCCUCCGACGCCGCCGCCGCCUCCGCCUACCCGAGCGCCGUGGCGGCCGAUGCCUCCUCCACCUCACCACCACCUCUCCCCCCUGCAGCGCCCCUCGAGCGGCCCCAGGAAGAGCGGGGCCGCGAGCAGGCCGGAGGCUCGUGCUCCGCUGCGGCGGCGGGGGUCGACCGGGAGGGCGAGGGGAUCGACCCCGCAGCUCCUUCUUCGGCGCCUUCUCCUCCGAGCUCCGACAGCAGCAGCCCCGACGGCGCCGACGCCGCGGCCGCCGGAGCCGGGCCGUUCAACUGCAGUGUGGUGUUCCAGCAGAUGCUACAGGAACAGACGGCCAUCAAGGAGGCGGGCGGGCCGUUGGCUGAGGGGGCGGGCAAGAGGAAGAGGCCGGAGAAGGCGCAGGUGAAAUCGUCGCACGCCAUAGGGGAGCUCUGGAACAAUCUUAGAAAGUUUUUUCAUGGAGAAUCACCAGGUUAUGUGCACUAUUCACAACAUGUGAAUCACCAGACACAUCCCAUGACUGAAGUCAGAAAGUAUUAUUUGGUUUCUGAUUUGGCUACGGGACAAGGAGUGGACCAUCUUGAUGCCUAUUCAAAAUUUAGACGGGUGACUGGAGAUGGGGAGUGUUUCUACAGGAGCUUCAUAUUUUCCUACCUGGAGCAAGUUCUUGAUAGGCACGACACACAUGAGGAACACCGUCUCCUUGAUGCUCUUAAAAGAGUGUCUGUGCAACACGCAGAUCUUAGAUGGACCUCUGAAUUUCCCAGGAGCUACAGAGCAUUUAAGAAGCUGAUUAAGAAAGUAAAGAGAUGGAAGAGGCAUGGCAGGUGGAAGUGGAACAGCAUAGCAUCAACUAGCAGCUACCGCAAAGAGAAACUUCUCGAGUUCUUCAGAAGUUAUGAUACGACGGAAGACAUUCUUACUUUCCUCAGAUUAGUAGUAGCUAUCUGGAUAUGCUCGCACGGGAAGCAGUAUGAGCCGCGUAUACCAGGGCUCGAUAGACGUUACAGUCUGAAAGAUUGGUGCUUUCAGCACGUCACUCCAUCUCGUCAGUACGCGGACCAUGUUAUGAUGACGGCCUUGGCCGAAGCGCUUGAGGUACCACUUAGAGUGGAGCAACUCAAUGGAGGACCUGCUCAGGAUAUCUACACCGGUCCUGGACCUGGAGUUCCCCAUGUGAGUGUGACGCUUCUGUACACAGGCAAUCACUACGACGUCCUCUACCCACACGCUCCUCCUACCGAGAGUUCAAGUCAGCAGACCUCCUGAAGAAAUCAUCCUGCUGAUUAGAGUUGGAAGUCAACACAUUCUGCUGGAUGUUGCUGAGUUUAGGUGGUAGAGUUAGACAAACUGGGUACCCAUAUUAUACACUUGUGCAUUCUUCUUCUGUUGGCACAAACUGGCUGCUCCCUUGUCAGAAGAUUGACAAGGAAGAACUCGUGCUGUGCUUUGUCUGAAUUGUUGGCUGGUGUACUGUGAAUCUUCUGUGAUCAGAUGACAUUCCAACUUGUUAA